UCAACAACAAAGCUGCUUAUUUAACCACUUCGGUAUCUUGCUAGCCAACAGAAAAGCGAAACAUUGAAGCGCUUUAGCCCAUUUUGGAUAUAUUACUCUGUGUUUUAAACACAAUUCUGUUUACGUAUCUAGUAACGUUAGUUAACUUAAACGUAUUUGACAAUUUGUUGAAAUUGAUAGUCAAACUAGCACUAAGCUAGUCGCUAAUGCUAACUAGCUAGCUAGCUAGCUAGCUAGCUAACAUCCCCGAACAUGAGCUCAGUAAGCUUCUCCUCUGGUAAAGAAGAGGAGGUCUGUUGGACGGAGAAAGAAGCUCUGGGGCUGAACAUUGUCGUGAAAGAGGAAGAGGGGGAUAUUACAGUGAAAGGAGAGGAAGGGGCUUUCAAAAUGAUAAAAGAGGAAGAAGAGGAGGAGGAUGUUACAGUGAAAGAGGAGAAAGAAACGUUUGGCGUGAAAGAGGAAGAGUGGAUAGAGACUGUUAUUGUGGAAGAGGAGGAUGUAGAAGCUUUCAGAAUUAAAAAGGAGGAAGAGGAGGAUAUCACAUUGAAAGAACCGUUUGGAGUGAAAGAAGAAGAGGAGGUAGAAGCUUUCAGGAUCAAAAAGGAAGAAGAGGAGGAGGAUAUUAUAUUGAAAAAAGAGGAAGAGCCUUCUAGAGUGAAAGAGGAUGAGGAAAGAGAGGAGGAGGAGACUGAACAAGAUCUGAUGAUCACCAGAGAAAGAUCAGACUCAGAGGAACCAGAGCCAGAGACGUCCAAACCAGCAAAACGACACGACUGCUCCCACUGCGGGAAGAGUUUUACCAAGUUAGGGAACCUGAAAAGACAUGAGAGAACGCACACUGGAGCAAAGCCUCAUCACUGCUCCCAGUGUGGGAAGAGUUUUACCCAGUUAGGGAACCUAAAAAUACAUGAGAGAAUACACACAGGAGAGAAGCCUUACGAAUGCUCUCAGUGUGGAAUGAGUUUUACCAAGUUAGGGUACCUGAAAUCACAUGAGAGAACACACACAGGAGAGAAGCCUUUCCACUGCUCACUGUGCGGAAAGAGUUUCACAGAGUUAGGCAACAUGAAAAGGCAUGAGCGGACACACACAGGCGAGAAGCCUCAUCACUGUUCUCAGUGUGGAAAGACUUUUACCGAGUUAGGGAGCCUGAAAAUACACAAGAGAAUACACACAGGGGAGAAGCCUUUCCACUGCUCCCUUUGUGGAAAGAGUUUUACCGAGUUAAGCAACCUGAAAAAACAUGAGCGGACACACACGGGAGAUAAGCCUUUCCACUGCUCCCUGUGUGGAAAGAGUUUUACAGAGUUAGGGAGUCUAAAAAUGCACAAGAGAAUACACACAGGUGAGAAGCCUCAUCACUGUUCUCAGUGUGGAAAGAGUUUUACCAAGUUAGGGAACCUGAAAAUGCAUGAGAGAAUACACACAGGAGAGAAGCCUUACCAAUGCUCCCUGUGCGUAAAGAGUUUUACCUCAUUAAGGCAAUUGAAAGAACAUGAAAGAAUCCACACCAUAGAGAAACGUUAGCAAUGCUCCUAGUGUGAAGUCAUAUUUAUUUACUCAGUUUUAUGUACUUUUUGUGCUCCCUGAAAAUUGAGACCUGCCACUUUGCCACAUUGUUAAUUCCUUGCCUUUUCUCGGUGAUAUAAUGACACUGUAUUUUAAACCUACAAUAUGUAACUUUUUGGGCAAACCUGACACACAUUCACACAGAAAUAUGAGUUAUAGAUCUGUUAGUCUCAUUGAAAGAAAGUCCAAGAAGCUGUAGAUCUGUUCCAUGUGCGCAAUUUCUAUGCUUCCCUGUUCUGAAGUUUAGUUUUUGUUUCUUUUACUUUAGGUUUUGUACACCAGCUUCAAAACAGCUGAACAAUAUUGGGUUGUGUAAAAUAUAUUUCACAGUGGUUUAGAUAGUACAAUGACUCUCUACACAAUGACUGCUUGUUUUGUCACAAGCUGAAAUUAGGUGAACUGCUAGAAUUUAGGAGCCAGGAAAUGGUGGAGCGAUUUCUGCAUAGUUUAUCUUUAAGUUGAUAUGAGUGUGAAUACAUUGAAGCAGCAUAUCAACUUGACAUCAUGUUUUAGGUUACACUGGGGAGUAGAAGAAUAUUUUACCGUGGCUAAUUAUGUAUAUAACUUAUUAUUUCACAUGGGGGAGAUUUGGGAAGCUAAAAGACUAGCUUGCUUGCUGUCAACUAGCUGCUGUCAGAAUAACCCACAGCCUACUGGCACAAAACGAGGUAAGAACAAAACAAACCAUUCAUUACAAAUAACUAUUAUUUAAAUAUGCAGUUGGUUUUCUUUCAAAUUAGCGUCCAGUGGUGAAUGAUGGGCUUCUGAGUGGCGCAGUAGAAUAAGGCACUGCAUCUCAGUGCUAGAGGCGUCACUACAGACAUCCUGGUUCGAUUCCAGGCUGUAUCACAGCGGUCUAAGGCACUGCAUCUCAGUGCUAGAGGCGUCACAACAGACACCCUGG